AACUGGGUCACUUAUAGACAAUGAAGGGAGAUUCUUGAUCUAACGGACGGGUUUGCAGAAGUUCUCUUGCAACAGGGUGACUUCUAAUAUCCUCUGUUGUAUGAAUCUCUUUCUCCCUCCUUCCCUAGAUUCCUCUUUCUGUUCCUUUUUUGACCCCUCCCUUUAUCUCCCUUGCCCCAAUGGAUAGUUUCCUGUUUCUCUCGCCUUCCUUUGGACGAAUGCCUCUCUUCCUUCCCCUCUCCUCUCCUGCUAUGCAGAUCUUUCUCCCUCCCUCCUUCCCUUAGAUUCCUCUCCCUGGCUGUCUUCUGCUGCUGUUUGUGAAUGAGACUCAGUUUCUGAAUGGAGUUGCUGGGGGCUUUGGCUGGCUCAUCAGGGGAAGCAGUAUUGGCCAGGAGAAGGGGAGGGGGACGGGUUCUCUUUGCUUCCUUCCUCCCUCUCUGCUGCUUUUGAGGAAUAAGGACUGCGAGACAGACAAGCGAGAGAUGGAGGCUGCAGGAAGGAGAUUCACUCUCUAAAACGAAAAUACAAAUGAAGAGAGGGAAUUGAUCGUCCUUUGCUAACUAUAUUCAGGAAGCAACAGCAGGGGGAUCUUGCAAAGGCAGAGAAGAAAAGCCCAGGCGGAUUGAGCCACAGUGUGGAGAGAUUGCAAGCAGAUCUUGUGGGGGGAAUGAAACUUCCAGAGCAGCUGGUUUUUUUUACCCCCUUUUGUGUGUGCAAUUUUCUGUAACCUGCAAAAGCUUUAAUGAAACCGAGGAAGAACUAAAAGAGCCCGACGUUUGCAAAGAAACCAAAAGAAUCGUUGCAAUUAAGAGGAGACAAAACUGAACUUUAAUUUAUUUUUUUCUUUCAAGUUGCAUCAGCUUUUCGGGGGAAGGGAUCACUGCAUUAACCUUUCCCCCUCCAAGUGUGUAGCUAAUCUGCAAGAGAGACUAAUGGGUGCUCCCUGGGAGCUCAGGAGCAGCGUCCCCAGUUGAGCGGGGUGCUUGAGGGGCCCCUGGCUGGGAGGGAGGGAGAGAGAGAGGCCAGCCAGCUGCCUCCCUCCGGGGUGUUGGCUGGGGGAAAAGGGGCCGGUUUGCUGGUUUUGAGUCAGGCUGGUCGAUGUUUGAAAGCCCUAGCUUAAAAACUCCGAAGAAGCAAGCAGCAGCAGCCGCCACCGCCGCCUCCUCAGCAGUUUGCAAGCAGGAGGAGCUGCGGCAGCAGGAUGGCCGCAGAGCUGAGCCCGGAGGAGGAGCAGGCCACGAAGCAGUUCCUAGAGGAGAUUAACAAGUGGACUGUGCAGUACAAUGUGUCUCCGCUUUCCUGGAACGUGGCCGUCAAGUUCCUCAUGGCUAGGAAGUUUGAUGUCCUGCGAGCGAUCGAGCUGUUCCAUUCCUACAGAGAAACUCGGUUGAAGGAAGGAAUUGUGAAGCUGAAACCUCACGAAGAACCUCUGCGCUCUGAGCUGCUCAGUGGGAAGUUCACCAUCCUAAGUGCGCGGGACCCCUCCGGAGCCUCUAUCGCCCUCUUCACCGCCAAGUUACAUCAUCCCAAUAAAAGUGUCCAACAUGUGGUGCUCCAGGCGCUCUUCUAUCUGCUGGACAGAGCUGUGGAGAGCUUCGAAACGCAGAGAAACGGCCUGGUGUUCAUCUAUGACAUGGCGGGCUCCCACUAUACCAACUUCGAGCUGGACCUGAGCAAGAAAAUCCUCAACCUGCUGAAGGGAGCCUUCCCGGCUCGUCUCAAAAAGGUGUUUAUUGUGGGUGCCCCGAUGUGGUUCCGAGUCCCCUACUCCAUCAUCAGCCUCCUGCUGAAAGAGAAGCUCCGAGAAAGGGUUCAGAUGGUGAAGAUGUCGGAGCUGAAGGAACACCUGCCCCGGGAAUGUCUCCCCGAAUACCUAGGGGGAUCCCUCAAGCUGGACCCUCUCAGCUGGAACUGCCGGUUCCUCCCCCAGCAGAAUGGCCACCCAGACCCAUUGGAUGAGCUGAUCCUGGUACCGCUGGUUUCCCCACGAGAUAACGGCUCAGUGCAUGUUCCAGGACCAAAGUGCAUGACUGUCCAUCAACUGAAGGACCAUGUGAACCGAAAGCAGAAGAGGGGAAUCUAUGAGGAGUACGAGGACAUCCGGCGCAGGAGUCCUGCGGGGACCUUCAUCUGCUCCCUGGCUCCGUAUAACCAGGAGAAGAACCGAUAUGGGGACGUGCCAUGCCUGGACCAAACUCGAGUGAAGCUGACCAAGCAGUACAGCCGCUCCGAGCUGACAGACUACAUCAAUGCCAGCUUCAUGGAUGGCUAUAAGCAAAGGAAUGCUUACAUUGGUACUCAAGGACCUCUGGAAAACACGUAUUGCGACUUCUGGCGCAUGGUGUGGGAGCAAAACGUUCUGGUGAUUGUCAUGACAACCAGGCUUGAAGAAGGAGGCAGGAGGAAGUGUGGCCAGUACUGGCCAUUGGAGAAAGACUUCCAAGUUUGCUACGGAUCCCUCACUGUCACCAACCUUGGGGUGGAGAACCUGAACCAUUACAAGAAAACCCUUCUGGAGAUCUAUAACACUGAGCACAGAGAGAGGCGUCUGGUGUCCCAUUUCCAGUACUUGAGUUGGCCGGAUUACGGUGUCCCUUCUUCAGCCGCCACUCUGAUCGACUUCCUGGGGGCGGUCAAGCAGCAGCAGCGGUUGGCGGCCAGUGCCCUGGGGCCCCGCUUCAAGGGUCACGCAGGAGGGCCGCCUAUGGUGGUCCAUUGCAGCGCUGGCAUCGGCAGGACAGGUACCUUCUGUGCGCUGGACAUCUGCCUCUCCCAGCUGCAGGACACGGGCACGCUGAACGUGUACCAGACGGUGAUGCGGAUGAGAACGCAGAGAGCCUUCAGCAUCCAGACCCCCGAGCAGUACUAUUUCUGUUACACGGCCAUCAUUGAGCAUGUGCAGAGAGAGGGCCUGCUGCCCUCCACUCCCACACGGGCAGGCCAGGAGAAGAGCUAAUGGGGAUGCAACCCAACCUGAUGGCAGGGACUGGCUCUCCUGUCAGUCACGACCAGCCCACCUUCCUCACGACCAAUCCGGAUUCAGCAGAGCCUUCAGUAACCAAACUCCUUUGUCGUAGGGCUCCAACCUUUCCUUGGCUAGCUGGUUCUGAUGAAUCGCAGCAAGUAGCCACUGACUAGCGGCUCGUGGUCUUAACUAUUAGCACCUGCUGUUGAACUGUGCCUUAUUCAAACCAAAUUGUGGCUGCCACUUGCCAGGGGUAACUAGAGAUAAGUGGGAAGAGGAUCUGCUCCUCAGUAUGAUUUCGUUUUUGUGGGACCACCUGAAAUCCACCUGGAGGACUUGACUUAAAGAAAUAUCCAUUUCCAGUACCACCCUAGCCUUGGGCUUGGAAAAGACACAUUCAUCAGUCUUACCUGCCACUAGGUGUGUGUGCCUGUCUGUCUGUAUGUGUGUAUAUAAUAUAUACUCCAUUUGUUCAGGUCUAGCCUACGUAAGUAUUAUAUAGAUACAUAUAUACACGCACCUGGUUCUGGCUGCUCCCGGGGCUCAGUGUUGUCAUGUUGUCUCACUGCUGUGAUCUCUCCAGGGGCGAGUUAUAGCCUUGCGUUGUGAAUGGCGCUGUGAUGUUACUGGCUCUGUUUUGUUCUUUCUUUUCACUCCUCUGCUGCAGCUGUAGAAGAUGCACGCUCGCUAGUGUACAUGCCUGGCGGCGUACGGACCACGGCGUGUGUUGCGCCGAUACAUUCCUGUUGGAUCGGAGUGGUGCGGAGAAGCUGCGCUAGGCCCAGCUAGAUCAGAGCGCAUGCUACAUCCCCAUGCCAGGGGUGGCGUGCAGGGGUUACACUGUCUUAUCCAGCAACAAAGAGUCCUGAGGCACCUUAUAGACUGACAGACGUAUUGGAGCAUGAGCUUUCGUGUCUUGCCUGUCUUUUAUUUGGAGGAGGGGUCCUGGGGCCGAUCUUUUCCCUUGAGUGAGGAGUUGCAGAUCUUCACUGUGAUGAGGGGACCCUUCCUUCCCAGGCUGGAGAUGGCUCACUAGGGGGAAAGCAAUGGGCGGCAGUAGGUACGACGUGUUGCAGGGCAGAGGGCUGUGAAGUGCUGUCAGAGUAACUGGGCUUUACCAAGGAAGUCUGAACUCAAUUCAUAGGGGUAACUUACUUGUGCGCUAGAAGCUGUGCUUUUCCAGGGAGUCCCCCUCCCGCCUAUCUCUGCCAGGCAGACAUCAUCAGGAUGAGCUGCGGCUGCCGAGUGCCAAGCCAAGACCACCUUAAGGAAUAGAAGCCAAAAACCUGGAGCAGCAGCUUACCCCUUCCUUACUGCCCAGGCAGUGCCCGGCCUGCCAUUCAAUGCACAGACUGCGCAACCCCAGCCCUCCCAAGUGCUGCUGGGAUAUCUGACCAUCAUGCCCCUCCUUCCCCACCCAGGGAGGUGAGGCUGGCAGUUGAGCAGACCUCAGUAACUUUAUACUGUAAUAAGCUCUCAGAAUGUGUACAUUCUUAUUUUUACAACCUUUUUGGUUUUGUAUUUAACAUUCACUUGAUCGAGCCAGAGCCGGAAAUCAUUGUAAAUGUUCCUAUGCGCUGUCGCAUGGCGAGAUGGUUUUGUAUUUACGUAUAAAUAUACCUACAGACGA